GAGAGCAAUAUCAGUUGUUGUCAGUUGUUACAGACGUUACGUUUGUCACAUGUAGGCUUUAAAUUUAAAAAUGACGACGUUAGAUAAUAUUGAAAUUAUAAUAGGAACAUACGAACAGUUCUUACUAGGUUACGGAGUAGAAACCAGUGACGAUGGAUUCAAAUUGAUCCGCAAUUUUGCUACCCAUACUCAUCAGGCUAGCAUCAGAGAUCUUGCUAGCAGCAGACAUUAUCUAGCAUCCGCUGGAGCUGAUGAUUCAAUUUACUUGUACAAUAUGCAGAACAGAAUGGAAACUGGCAAAUUGACUCAUCACAAUGAUACAGUGAACAGUAUUGCGUUUACACCAAAUGCUUCGCACAUUCUGACGUGUAGUACAGAUGGAAGCAUAGCGGCAGUUCGCUGUGGCAACUGGAAGCUGGAAAAACAUUGGAAAAAUGCACACAAAGGUUCUUCAGUCAAUACAAUAUGUAUUCAUCCGUCGGGUAAACUUGCCUUGUCCGUUGGUAGUGAUGGUGUACUCAGAACUUGGAAUUUAGUUAAAGGCAGACAAGCCUAUGCGACUAAUUUAAUACCAAAGCUAGGACCAUAUGCAAAAAAUAUAACAGUGACGAAGUGGAGCCCAGAUGGGACAAAGUACCUGAUUGCCACAAAUUCGAUGCUCAUUCUGUAUUCUGUUGAAAACGCCGGAAUCAUUCACGAAGCGAAAUUUGAGUGUAGGGUCACUUGCGUUGAAUUUCACGAUGACUUGAUUAUCAUUGGUCAUGAUAACGGGCAAGUUCAAUUGUACAAUUGGGAGAGUCCUCCAAAAAGUUAUUUAAAAAUUGCCCAUGAUUCUAGAGUGAAAGCUAUAGCCUGCUCUGAUGAUAUUAUUGCAACUUCAUCUAGUUCUGGCGAAUUGAAAGUGUGGAGGCUCACAAAAAACAGUUUAAAUUUAUUGGCGACUGAGAAUUGUGGAGCGAGGAUAACUUGUAUGGUAUUAGCAAGGAAGUUUGCUAACCAGAAAGUUAAACAGGAAGUAUCAAUUAUAAAUGAAAAUCAGACUGUAGCAACAAAGAAAAAUAUUUUUAAAAUUCGCCAAGAAGUUAUCAUAGAAGUUGACAAUGAUGAAGUUUCGAAUGAAAUAGUGGAUAAUUCUUUCAAAAACUUAAAACGGAAUCCGAAAUCUAAAUCUGUCACAUCAGCAGAUAUUCGAAAGAUGAAUAGUUUAUCCCAGAACGUAAGAAAAAAAUCAAAGAUUAUUGAAAAAGUUUCUCCAUUCACAGAACGCAAAAAAAAAAAUAAGGGGGCAUUAAAUAUAGAUAGUAAAAAACUUAAGUUACAGGGUCAUCAAGAGACUGAAAACUCUGUACUAGACGCGACCAAUACAAAAACUAUGUCGAAAGAUUCGGUAAAUACAGAAAUUAAAAUAAAAAAGAAACAAGAGGAAGCGGAAAAAAUUCCAGAUCUAAACAGUACAAUAAAUUUAAUAUCCCCUAGUGCUAAAAAAAGAAAAAGCCUUACGAAAUUGAACCCUGCAACGAAAGUAAUUAAAAAAGCGUCAAAGAAGUUGAAAAAAAGAAAAAUAAUGAGACAAUAAUAUGACAUUUUGUAUUGUAUGAAUAAAGUAUCAUUUUUGUUCUUCCAAGUAUUGUAUACAUUUUCUUGUACAACAUUGUGAUGCUUGCUAAGAGAAAUAGCUUAUCUCUUUAAUUACGUUAGAAACAUCUUAUUUCAGCAAUUAUGUUAAAAACAGUUUGAGUAAUAAUUUUACGCAUUUUGCGAUAAGUAACUUAAUAUUUUUAAUGCACUUUCUGCCACGGUUUCUGGUAUUUUCAAAUUCCGGAAAUGAAUGUCGAUUGAAUCAAAGCUUAGACACCAAAUAGCGUAACUCCGAACUGUGAGUUCAUUCCUGGAUAAUAUAAUCCUAUCUAAAUGUUCUGUAAGAAUAAAUCGUAUUUUUGCCGCUUUGAAGUGUAUGCUGUGUAAACAACUUGCUACUCUUUGUAGCGAUUUAUAUUCAUGUUCAGGUCAGAGUUUUGUAUUUAAAUUCCCACAUGAUCGAAGUAAUUAAUCAGUAAAUUUUCGUCAAUAGUUAUUCAAGUGUAUUUGUUAUGUAUCUAUUCUGAAUAUAAUACCUGAACUUGAAACUACUUUAAUUAACACUAAUAAUUGUCUUUAACACUAGCUUCGUUUAACAAAAUUGUAAUAAUAUCCUGCAACUUCCACUGCAGGUCUAUAAUGUCUGAAGUUUAGCAACAGAUUAGUCGCAUGGUUUUAUUAUGCACAUAUUGUUUACGGGGAUGCUAUAGUCAGUCCUUACCUACUGUGGUAAUGUCUUCUAUCUGGAAUUUGGAUAUUAUCAAAGGCUGUGCAUUGCAACACAAAAAGGGUAUAAAAGCCAUAUUCUGUGUGCCAUUCCAAACAAAAACACUAAUACAUUUUUGCGUAAAAUCGGAAGGUAUUGGUGUGAUUUUGUUCAAACAGAUCUUGUUGUUAUUCCUUUUUUUGCAUUCCUGGUUUGUGCACUUUCAUAUUUAGAGAUAUUUAAGUCCCAUUUAGAAAUGGAAUAUGCAUCCCCUUGAUGGAUCAUGAUGACACUAUGCAUACCUCCUUGAAAAUGACUAUGAUUUUUCUACUAUUUCACGACACCAAAGACUUGACAUUCCUAAUUUGCAGGAGAAAAGUUAAUUGCUAUUAAUCUCCAAAUAUGCCCCAAACAAUUUAUUUUUACUAAACUUUACUUUACUUCAGAAAGUACUAAUUUGCGUGCCAAAUUUACAAUUUUUAUGUUAAAAAAAGAUGUGUUUGACAAAGAGUAGUGAAUACACAAAUUGCAAAUCUGUAUAAACAUUCCUAAAAUGUGUAUGCUAUUUGCUUCAUUCAUUUUUAAAGUUAUGCAAAAGUUGAUAUUUAUAAAAUCACAAAUAGUACACCGUUACGUCCUAGCCGAUAACUACGGUACCCUCUCUGCGCCCUACUUUUACCAACGUGCAGUUACCAUAAAAGAGCCUUACGUACUCGUUUCAUAGUUCUUAGACCAUUACCGACAUACACAAUGACCGUCAUAACGUACAAUACCCUUGUAUCGAUAGUUCUCACACUCUAUAUUGCCAGUCUUUUUUCAUCAGUCAAGUUCGUAUCUAUAAAGCAUUAAGCAGCGCAUAUACAAUUUUCAUGGUCCUUUCAACAUUAGCUUGCACAUAAAACCCCUAAUAUAGGAUCUUAGCUGCAAUGACUUAAAGCAAUAAACACUUGCAAUA